GCCAGGACAUCAGAGGCAUCAGAACAGGGAAAUAAAAAAGAUGCUAAUGUUUGACCCAGUCCCAAUCAAGCAAGAAGCCAUGGAGCCUGUUUCAGUGUCAUACCCAUCCAAUUACAUGGACCAAAUGAAGCCAAACAAGUACAGCGUCAUUUAUUCUACACCGGGUAUGUUGCACAAUAAAUUUUACUCAAGCCCUGAAGGACUAUCAAAUGGAAUCCAGAUGGAGCCAGUAGACCUUACGGUGAACAAACGGAGCUCACCACCUUCAACUGGAAGUUCUCCUUCCCCUCUAAAAUUCCAGACUGUGCAUAGGAGAACUUCACCUGGAUUGACUCUGUCCUCACCCAGCUCACCUCUCAGUAAAUUUACACCAUCACCCCCGGGAGUACAGCCUAUUUCCAUGCCAAUAACCAUCCCACCUGUAAUGGCCGCUGCUCUUUCACGCCACGGACUGAGAAGCCCUGGAAUACUCCCAGUUAUACAGCCUGUUGUGGUCCAGCCAGUUCCUUUUAUGUAUGCUCCCCAUCUUCAGCAGCCCAUCAUGGUGUCAACAGUUCUUGCAGAUGAGAUGGAAACUCCAAGUAGUAUGCCAGUGCCUGUCAUUGAGUCUUAUGAGAAGCCUGUGCUGAAGAAGACAAUCAAAGUAGAGCCAGGAAGUGAACCACAGAAGACUGACUUCUAUCCUGAGCAAAUGUCACCUCCAAUGAUGACCUCAUUGUCUCCCCAGCAAGUAAUGUUGCAAGAGAAUCACCCUUCAGUUAUAGUUCAGCCAGGAAAGAGACCUUUACCUGUGGAAUCUCCAGACACACAGAGAAAACGUAGAAUACAUCGAUGUGAUUAUGAAGGCUGCAACAAAGUCUACACUAAAAGCUCCCAUCUGAAAGCUCACAGAAGAACCCAUACAGGUGAAAAACCAUACAAAUGCACUUGGGAGGGCUGCACGUGGAAGUUUGCCCGUUCUGAUGAACUAACGCGGCAUUUCCGCAAGCAUACCGGCAUCAAACCUUUUCAGUGCCCAGACUGUGACCGUAGCUUUUCACGUUCAGACCACCUUGCUCUCCACAGAAAACGCCACAUGCUAGUCUGAAUGUCUUCUGUCCCUGACUCCUCUCACACUUCUUUUUUGUACACAUGCAUUUUAUUUUGGAUUCAGCUGGACUGAAUCUCUGAGUUUAUACCAUUAAAAGCUUACCUAUGGUCAGUAACAGAGGUUAUCUAACCCUUCUAUGUUCUUGCCACGGGUCAGACCUAAAGAAUGUGAACACUUUUUGUUUUCUUUCUCCUGGGGAUGCUAAGCAAACCCUUUCUGCAGACAGUAUGUUUAAAGUAUUCCAUUGUGAAUAAGGGAAUUUGUAGACUAACAGAUUUUGUUGGUUUCUUCAUAUAUUCAACCCAGCAUAUACUGAUAAAGUAGUAAAUGUUUUGAAUAUUCAAAAUGCUAGUCCUUGCCAGAGACUUUUAUUUAUUGUAAGGAAUACAAUCAUUUUAUGCUCAACAAUGCAAUGAAUGGACUCUCCCAGCCAUGUUGAGUUCUGCAACAUGGUUGAUGAAACAGUUCUAGAAAGAAACCUGAUUUAGGAGUCCCCUCUGCCCAAACAGUGAAUAACAUCAUAGAAAUAAAUCCAAGCAAUGAAAUUACUUUACAGACAGAUUGAGUCAUAGCAUCAUUUACCUCAAUGAAGAAGAAAAAUUGGCAGGAAUUGCUCCAUACAUAAUAUUGUGCAUCUAAACCAAUGUCCUCUGUCCUCUGUAUUAUAGUGUAGUAUAUAUCCUUGUUUUUAUUGCAUCAUGCCCUGGUGGAUUUGUUAAAUGAAGACCUUGUGUGACACUGUAUGUCUGGUUUCUGUGCAACUAUAUGGAUGCAACACAUGGUACUCUCCUAUGAUAUGGCAUUAAAUGAUACUCAUAGACACAUACCACACCUCAUUUCAGGGAUAUAGACUAUCCCUGUGCGAUCACUCCUCUACAUUUCCUCUAAGUAAUUUUCUCUCUUUGAUGUACCUCAGAAAAUAGCAAUCGUUGCAUCCAGAGUGCUCUGAACUGUAUUGUGAGUGCCUGUUUAAUACACCCAGUAUGUAAAAUUAGUAAUCUACAAUACUUUUAUGAGAAGAUCGCAUCAGAUACGAAGUGCUUCUGAUGAUAAACUUGAGUUGUGUAUCUGCUUUGGAUAAAAACAUGCACCAAAUCAUCCAUUUGAUAACUGAUUUCUGACUCUGGUAGUCUCUCAAUGGUAGGCAGACAAAGCUUCCCCAUGGAUGUGUCUGUUGCAUUAAAAUAUCACAUCAGCGAAUCUUAACUCCCAGCUCAGUUAGCAAAUGCAACUUGAUAGAUAAAAUAACUCCAGCAACCUGCAGUUGACCUUAGAAAUGUUCUUGUCUUUGGGAGCCCACUGAAAGAAGGUUUCUGUCUAUUAGACUGCAGAGUUUGUGGCACUGCAAGGAAAUGGGAUGCAUUUCUCUAGGGUCUUGCGCACCAGUGCGUUUUUCUUCUUUCCCCUACGCAAGAUAAACAGCGUUCCCUGCAAAUUAAAUAUACUGAAGUCAGAUUUCUGUUUCUUUUGGAAAAAUCUGCUGGAAAAUGGAGGGGUAAAGGGAAGAGGACUUUCAUAAGACUUUCCAGGAGGAGGCAGGUGGAGUGUUCAUCUGUGGGUGGGUGUAUUGGAACAGGUAUAUAUACAUCCCAUGAAGUUCAAUGGCAAACAGAUAAUCCCGCAGAUGGAAGAGUGUGAGUGCAGAGAGCCUUCCCUUGCUGAUGGGAGUUUACCAAGUGUUCUGCUGACAUCCACGUGCCUGUAGAAUUGCGAAGGAGAGGAUCUGUACUUCCAGAGAGGAACACUCCCACAGCGAGUGCUGUGACACACAAAGUAUUGCUCCAGUUUAACAAAUCUUACAUGUGGGAACAUGGAACUGGCAAUUCUACUUAACGCAUAGAACGUGUGCUCUAGAAGGGGAGAACAGGGGUUUGCAAAGCAGGGCUGGGAACAUCGCUGCAAAGGUUUUGUGAGGAAGAUCUGUUACAGCACCAUACAACCUCACCGCUUCACUAGGACUGAAGGGAGUUGCACCAGAUUGAUCUUGUAACUGGCCCUCAUCCGCUUGGCUAUGGAGCUGAACAACCUGGCAGAUGAAGUGGUCUGAUUUGGGUAGGCCAGGUCGCUGCUAACACUGAGGAGCUUGCAGGGAAGAGAGCGACAUUAGUGAGCGGCUGUUGGUGAGCGGCUGUUCCAGAGCAGGGGGGUUGUUGGACAUGUCGUGUCAGCAGUAGCAGACGGCCUCCUUCCGUAGGUGCUGAAUGUUGUUGGGAGUUGCAUCAGUGCCAACACGUCACUGACAGGCUGCUCGCAGCCCCUGUAGCACCAGGCAGAAGCCUACAGACAUUGAGUAUCCUGGGAUGAAAACAAUUCUCUAUUAUGUUCUAGGGAGAAAAGCAGAUGAGGUCCUACCAAAAAUAAGCAGCUUCAUGGCAACUGGUUGCGGUUUUAGCAUAACAAGUGCAAAUGCAUAUGAUUUGGGAUGUUCAAGGAACAUUUCUUUCCAAUGCUCUGUUUGUCUUCACAAAAUGUUUUCUUUAGUAUUUUUUUCUUUUUAAAAAAUUAGAAAUCUAAAAUCAAGUCCCCUAAAAGCAGAACUUCUCUGUAACUGGGAGUUACUUUGCAGAAUUUAGUCUAGGUUGUUUCCCAUAUCCAUUCAUUAGCCUGUCUACCUUUUUCCUGACAAUAUUUACGCUAACGGUGGGGACAAAUACAGUGGCGAUUCAAUAGAACUAUAAAAUAUCUUUAUCCAUGUGCCUUGUGAUUCAGGACAACAGAAAUCUAAAUAUUAAAUACAAAUAUUUGAGAUUAUUUCAUGUAAUUGCCUUGCUUGUGGGAUUUUUCACUUGUGUCUGUGGGGUCUCUUGGGGUAUUGAACUCACGAACAAGUAUGCUUUCUUCUUUCUGCUGAAAACGUGAACUUACAUCUUAACUGGCUCAUUGGUUCAUUUUAGCAAACUCUGAUUUGAGGAGUAUCUUAAAAUAUACACAAGUAAACACUUUUUAAAGCCAGUCCUGUCUUUGCCCUGAAGAGAAAUCAGUUUAGAUACAAAGAUAGAAAACCCUAAUCCUGCAGAACAUGCACAUUUUAAAAAACCACCUUUUUCCCUAGCAGCAUUGCAGUGUGUGACAGAUAACACUGCUUUACUAAAACAUGCUUGUUUAAGCCAUAUAAUAAUUUUCUAAGUUUCUAUGACAAUCAGAAAAAGCUAAGCAGGUAUUAAUGUUUGUGGGUUUAUUUAAAUAUACACCACUGUUCUGCAGUGAUACUUGUAAUGCCACAUCUUGUCCAAGUAUGUUGUUGUCUCUGUCAAGGUUAGCAACACGUAGAUGAAUACGAUUCCUUUCCAUAACAAAAUUGCAAAGCAUUUUACAUUAUCUUAAAAGAGGGCUACACCAGUUUUCAUUGCAUUUUACAGAUAUUAGCACUUUUUUAAAAAAUGUACUUUUAAUAUUAGAGGGUCAAAAUAAUCUUUCUGCUUAGCAUCUCUCACCUGCAGCGACAGCAGGGGUGUUCUAUUUACCUUAAUACUUGUAUAAACUAUGCAGACAUUUUUAAAUAAAGUGUAAUAUAUUUUAUGAGCUAAUAAGACUGAAUGGUAAUUAAAGGUUUCUAGUGUGCAUUACUAUCACUUGCAAAUACAGGACAUUUUGGUAAUCUUACUAAAGAUGUGAAUGUUUAAUGUACUUUCACUGUUUCUACUUUGGUAGUCCAAUGGGAAUUCAGUAAUGACAUUUUGUCAUGGCGAACUGUGAACAUAAAUUUGUACUGUACAGGCCUCAUACUCUAUUUAGUAUACAGUGCAUAUAUAUUAUGCUUGUUAAUAAAACCCUUAGAGUAUCA